AUUUAUAGAUAAAGGAGAGGGCAAAAGAAGGCAAAUAUAUGUGAGCUUUCCCCGUCCAAUCAAAACAGUCAAAAUCUGCGUUUCGCUAUCUCACAUCAAGCUCCACCGAGACUAUUUCAUCUAAAUCGAACUGCAUCCUCAGAACAUGUUUUUAGAUGCUCAGAUUCCUGGUUUACUGGAUUCAAGGGAACUAUCAGAGUUUAUUUCCAAUGAAAAUAUCGAGGUAAAUGAUGGGCUUGUUGUUAAAAACAGUCCUUUUGGUGGCAUCGGGCUAUUUUAUCGAGACCAAUCAACUCAAAAUGAUGGGGGACUCCAGAAAAUUGAAUUGCUAAGAAUUCCUCGAAACUCGACUAUAUCAUUGAAUAGCUUCAUGGUUGUUUUAAAAAAACAAAAAAAAUACGAAAGCGACAAAUUUGAUUUAAUUGGUAAAAUAAUCUCAAUAAAUGAUGGUGUCCAUCAAGUUCCAAUUAUCAAAGAGAGUGCAUUCAUGAACAAAAUCUUGACAAUCGAAAUGGAUUCACUUAGUGAACUUAAUAUUUUGAAAAAAAUUUGUAUAGGAUUGAGUUUUUUGUUCAAUUAUAGGAAUCAUAUGAUUGAAACCACCAAAAAUAACAAUGUAUUGUCUACAGAUGAGUCUGAUGCUAUCAUCAAAUACAUUGAGAAGCAACCUUUGCUAAAAUUCAAUACAUAUCUUAAGAUUUUAUUAAAUACAGAAAUCUCAACUUUUGAUAACAUCAUCAAUCAGAAAUAUAAAAAUGAAGAUUCACUUGAAAACAUUUUGACAGAAUUUAAAGAUCUCUACAAAGGAUAUAGAAAAAUAGAGUACAAUAUUGAAAGCAUAAUUUAUGAGCGAAAUGAACUAUACAAUGAUAUAAUCGAUGCAUUUAGCGAUGUAUGUGUUUCUACCACCAAUGGAAAGAGUUCUGUGGAUUUUAAAACGAUUAUAUCUUCAACUUUUUUAAAGCAAAGUGAAUUUCAUCAGAUAAUUUCAGCACUUAAAUCAAGAAGUUUGGAGAUUCCAAGAUCUAUAGAUAGUGACGAGAUGGGAGCCGAUAAUGAUGGUUCUAAAAAUGAAGACUUUAAGGUUGAUAUUUUAUUAGUUCCAAUUUUAGAUUUUGCCAAUCACAACAACAAUAAAUCAAGUUUUAAUUCGUAUUUUGAUGUUGACAGGAAAAACGGUGAUAUUUUAUUGUAUUAUGAGAAAAAGAAUAAAUUCAAUUUGAAUCAGGAAUUAGAUACAAAAACAGAACCAUUGAUUGAAAUUUUUAUAUCGUAUUCUCCAAUUGAAGAUUUCAGUGAGUUUAUAAAUAAUUAUGGAUUUUUACCAAUUAAUGAUGACAACUAUUUUGAUUUUAAAUUGUUUGAGACAUCAUUAUUCAGCAUUGAUGGGGAAAUUUUAUCUAAUUUAUUUCAAGACGAUUCAAAUAAGUCACCAGUUAGGAAAUUGCCUAAAGAAUUUUUUCAAAUUUGUAAAUGGUUAAAAUUUUUACCAAAUUUACAAUUUUUGAUUAAAUUUUCUAAGAAUGGAUUUGAAGAUAUUAAAAUUAACAGAUAUUAUAUUGAUAUAUUCGGUAAUGAUCAAGAGACAAUAAACAAUUCCAAAAUUAAGAAUUACGAGUUUUUGUAUUUUUUCAAUGACUUAAUAAAAUUUUCAUACAAUUCUGAUUGGAAAGCUACUUACUAUGAGUAUUCUGGGGAGCUUUAUCAAGAGCAAUGGGAUGCUAUAGAAAAUGAAGAAGAAAGACCUAACAUAGAGACAAUUGAUUAUAUUUUACAUGCUAAUGAAUCCGAAGAUGAUUUUAUGAUGAUAUCGCAAGUUGGAAUCGGUUAUUCAAGCUUACCAAGUCAUGGCAAUAAUAAAAAUAAUGAAGAUGAUGGAGAUGAUGGAGAUGAUGAUGAUAAUGAUGAUGAUAAUGAUGACCAAAUUCCCGAGGGUUUAGAAAAAUUGGUGGAUUUUGGAGAAUAUAUUGAUAAUGAUGAAAAGACAUUUUCCAAUUUUAUAAAGUUUUUUAAAGAUAUUUAUUCAAAUUAUAGAAUAAACCAAUUAAAUGAGUUUUCAAAAAAAUUCAAAAAGAAUAUGAAAAAGAAAAACUCAAUUAACAUUUUAAUCAAUUUUGAGAUACAACUAUGGGAAGGUAUCAGUAAAAGAUUGGAAAAAAUAAGCAAAAUUGAUGAAUUGUUUAUAGAAUAUAGUGAUGAAGAAUUUAAUGAAGAAUGGUUAGAGCUUAGAUAUCAACCCAAACUUCCUGUUUAUUCUAAAUAUUCUGAAUAUUUAUUAUAAUGCAUAAUUUAAAAGACAAUAGCUGUAAAUAAAUAAAUAGAUCCAAAUAAACGCAAACUUAGAAGCA